UAUCACUCUUGUUUCCAUAUCUAAGCCAUCUUCAUGGAGAAAACUUGGUUCCUCUAUUUAACUGCAGUGUCCUUUGCACACUGUUUCUUCGCCUGCUUGGCUAUGAAUGGUCCCAACUCCACCACUGAUCAAUCUGCUCUUUUAGCCUUCAAAUCCCAUAUCACUUUCAACCAUUCUCAUCACAUAUUGGCAAAUAACUGGACCUCUGCCACCUCAGUCUGUGACUGGAUUGGUGUCUAUUGCGGCAAGCGCCACCGCAGAGUGACAGCCUUGAAUCUCGCAAACAUGGGUCUGGGAGGCACCAUCCCACCCCAUAUUGGAAACCUCUCAUUUCUAUCCUACUUCAACAUCACCAGCAACACUUUCCAUGGUCAUCUUCCCGAUGAGUUGGCUCGAUUGCGUCGCCUAAAUGCAGUCGACUUUGGUGAUAACAACUUCGGUGGAGGUGUUCCGUCAUGGUUUGGAAACUUACCCAAGCUUCAAUACUUGCGUCUCGCAAACAACAGUUUCACUGGUUCAGUUCCACCUUCCACUGGCAAUAUAUCAACAUUAGAGUCUCUCAAUUUGAGGUUCAAUUUUCUAGAGGGAAGAGUUCCUGAAGAGAUCGGUCAUCUUUCUAAACUGAAGACGUUACGCAUGGGAUAUAAUAAUUUGUUGGGGUCUAUACCGCCAACCAUCUUCAACAUCUCAUCACUUGAAUUGAUUGAUUUCACAUAUAGUAUGAUGUCUGGUAGUCUUCCGCAGGAUAUGUGUGUUUUUCAUCCUAAACUUGAAAUUCUCCGUCUUUCCGGGAAUGAGUUUGAUGGCCAAAUUCCAUCAACUCUAGGUGAAUGCAGAGAGCUCCAAAUCAUAUCAUUGUCUUCCAAUAAAUUCAGUGGUUUCAUCCCAAAGGCAAUUGGGAAUUUGACUUUGCUUCAGAUUUUAUAUCUUGGUGAUAACAAUUUUGAAGGCAAAAUUCCACAAGAACUAGGUAGUCUACAUAGUUUGGAGAUGUUAGGUAUGGAAUCUACCAACAUCACUGGUCUCAUACCAUCUUUUAUAUUUAACAUCUCUUCAUUGAAAGGGCUUGGUCUACACACCAAUAAUUUAUUUGGUAGUCUGCCAAGGGAUAUGUGCUCGCAUCAUUCCUCGCUCCAAAUGAUAUAUCUUGGGAACAAUAAAUUGACGGGAAACAUUCCAAGGGCAAUCCGUAACUGUACCUUGCUCUCAAUAUUUUAUAUUGAAGGAAAUAACUUAACAGGUAACCGAUCCACCUCUCAAACUUUAGUUGUUGAUGCCACCUCCAAGGACGUUUGGAUAAAAAUUCAGAAGUUCGAAUUAAAUUUGGACGAGUUUGGACAAAGAGAUCAAACAACUCGACCAAUUUGA